AUGCCUCGAAUCGAUUCGAAUCGAUUCGAAUCGAUUCGAAUCGGCUCGAAUCGACUCGAAUCGGCUCGAAUCGGCUCGAAUCGACUCGAAUCGACUCGAAUCGACUCGAAUCGACUCGAAUCGGAUCGAAUCGACUCGAAUAACCACCCAGACUCGAAUAACCACCCAGAAAAAUUAAAAAAAUGCCUCGAAUCGAUUCGAAUCGAUUCGAAUCGAUUCGAAUCGAUUCGAAUCGGCUCGAAUCGACUCGAAUCGGCUCGAAUCGGCUCGAAUCGACUCGAAUCGACUCGAAUCGGAUCGAAUCGACUCGAAUAA